AUGUCCAACUUCGGCGCAACCUUCGUCCCUGGAGGGUUCGACGACUAUUACAUGCCCGAGGUCGUUGCACCUUCGCCUCAGCGUGUGACGCCCCAGGUCCCCCAGAACAUGCAAAACGACCUUCAGCGCAUGGAACUCGAAGCCCGCGAAGUCGACCCGAACCGCCGCGACCCCAACAUCGUUAACCGUCACGGCCGCGAGCCGUCCCUGUCCUCCGUUCUCAAGCCCACCGACGCUGGCGCACCUGCCUUGCCCCCCAAGGGCUACACCAACCCCUCCGCUGCCGCGCCCUCUUCCGACAACUUCAAACCUUUUCACGAGGACAGCGCGAGCGGCAGUCACCAUACCAUGCGGCCGAGCGCGACGCCGUCCUUCUCCCCCUUUCCCAAGGUGAAGGGCGACAAUAUACCCCCAACCGAUGAGGAGAAGGAGGAGAUUUUGUGGAACGCCCGCGAACAUGUCCUGCACUCCAACAAUGUUUCCAUGCAGCUGUCCUGGGCUCGUGACACUUUGGCUUGGGCCGAGAUUGUCUCCGAAGCCAGGUCCAGGGACCCGGAGAGCGGCCGUCAAACACCAAAGGUCGAGCACGAGCUGCGUACCGACGCCUUCAACAUCGUCGAAUACUUGGUUGGCCAAGAGCAUCCCGAGGCGCUCUUCAUGAAGGCGAAAUGGCUCGAGUUUGGCAAGUUCGGCUGCCGUCCUGACAAGAGAGAUGCCUAUGCAAAGUACACUCGCGCUGCAGAGCUCGGCUACGCGCGUGCUGAGUACCGCUUGGGCAUGCUGUUCGAGAACUCCAACGAUUACAGCAAGGCCGUCGAGCACUACUACCUAGGCCUGCGACUCAAAGACUCGGCAGCCAUGUACCGCCUGGGAAUGAUGAGCCUGCUGGGCCAGCACAACCACCCCAAGGACUACCAACGCGGCUUGGAUCUCAUCAGAGAAGCAGCAGACCUGUCGGACGAGGAUGCGCCACAGGGUUCUUACGUCUAUGGUAUGCUCCUUGCGAAAGAUCUUCCCGACAUCGAAGUUCCCGAGGCGUUGCUUCCUGUCGACCUGCCAUUGGCCAAGAUGUACGUCGAGAAGGCGGCUUACCUCGGCUUCGCCAAGGCUCAAUUGAAGAUUGGCCAGGCUUACGAGCUCUGCCAGUUGAGCUGCGACUUCAAUCCGGCUUACUCCAUUCACUACUACGGCCUUGCCGCUCAGCAGGGUCAGCCUGAAGCUGCGCUUGGAGUCAGUCGUUGGUUUCUGUUCGGAUACGAGGGCAUCUUCAAUAAGAAUGAGCAGCUCGCGUUCAAGUACGCACAGGACGCCGCCAACGCCAAGCUGCCAACGGGCGAGUUUGCGAUGGGCUACUACUACGAAAUCGGUGUUUACGUCCCCAAGGAUCUUCGCCAGGCCAGAUUCUGGUAUGAGGCAGCAGCCGAUCACGGCAACAAGGACGCCGUCGGUCGCCUCGAGGCCUUGGAUCACUCUAAGAGCUUGACCAAGGCCGACCACGAGACAACGACGCUCACAAGGAUCAAGUCCCAGCAUGGGUCUCAGCGCGGCAAGCGGCCUGAUCGCUUCAAGCAGCCCAAGCAGAUGCCGACGGUUUCGGAGAGCGCGCCGGCCACCCCUACCGACCCCGGAUACCCCACCAACACAUCUGCCCGGACAUCUCCCCAUCCGUCUCCGCGAGCCAACCCGACUGUUGCCCAAGACAACGUUGACUUCCCCGAUCCGUCCAGACCCAGCAGCCGCGGCAGACCUAACGCCUUCAACGUCAAUCUUGAUGCCAACUUGGCAAUUAGACCCAAAUCAGCUGCGCCGUACCCCGAAGACGACAGGCCAGCGCCUCUCAACCUCAACCGGCCAAAGUCAACGGCCCCGUACCCCGAGGAUGAUCGGCCCGGCCAGCGACCUGGGGCUGGUCCGCAGCUCUCUCCUCACUACAGCAGCGGUGGCCGCCCUCCUGCUGGCCCUCACUCUGACCGCCCGGGCAGUGCCUUCGGAAUACGUACCGGACCUGGCCCCCAGGGAAUGGCUGGCAACGUGCGACCGUCGCAGUCGAUGGGCAAUAUGAUUCCCCCGGCUGGCGCGGACCCGCGGGGCCGUCCCAUGACGGGCGGCUGGGACCAGUCCGCACACAGACAGCCGAGCCCGGGCCCUGGCGCCCGACCGGCUACCACCCAGCCGUACCCCAUGUCUCCUGGUCUUCCCUCAAACCCGGCCGCGAACAAGCUCACCAAGCAGGGCCCCCAGCAGUUCGCCAAACCUCAGCCGUCACCUCCAUUUCAGCAAGGGUACGGACCGAGCGAUUACGGCCAACCCGUACAUGCGCAGCCCGGCCGUGACUAUGGUCCGAGAAUGUCAUCCAUCCCUCCUGCCGAGCAAUAUGGCUAUGGCAGACCGCCUAGUGCCGCACCCAACGGCGCGCCCUCGCGCGUCGACUCAUUGCCGCUCAGUCCCUCGGGUAACCCGCGUCCACAGGGCGGACCCGGCGGCGCGCCUCGACCCUAUGCCAACAGGCCAGAUCUCGUUGAGCAGCCCGGUCGCGUUGGCAGUGCGCCCCCUUCGUCUCAGCCGCGACCCCAGCAGAAGCCCAGCCCGGCUCCCAGCGCAGCAACAAUGCCUCCUCCGAAGAAACAAGCGACAGGCCAGGGACCCGCGACUUUCGAGGAGAUGGGUAUUCCCAAGGGCAAGGAUGAUUCGGACUGCGUAAGUUCAUCUCGUCUCUUGACAUAUGGAGCACUUUGCUAA